AAACUGAAACAACCCACACAGCUAUUAGCUACCUCAGCUGGGCCCUCUGUGUUUUGCAAGACAGCUCAAGAAAAUAGCAGGGAUGGAAGAAGUGGCUGAUGAAGCGAAUCGGAGGCCAGUGGAUAGGGUUCAUUCGUUUAACAGCGCAAGUAGAGGGUCUGAUUCUUCACACGUCAUUCCCAUCACAAGUGCUACUGCUAGUCCCACAAGUAAUCAUUUGGAUGCUGAUUACGACAUCAAUAAUGUUACGUCUGCAAAUUGGGGGGAAGAUGGUGAGCUCAAUCCGCAGGACGCUUGGCUACCUCUCACCGAGUCGAGGAAAGGCAAUGCUUUCUCUGCUAGCUUUCAUUUACAAUGUUCGGGAAUCGGAGUCCAAGCCCUUUUGCUUCCUGUUGCAUUUGCCACUCUUGGAUGGUCAUGGGGAACUGUAUGCUUGUCACUUGCAUUCACAUGGCAGCUCUACACCAUAUGGCUUCUAGUACACCUACACGAAUCAGACUCUGGAAUUCGUUACAGUAGAUACCUCGACCUAGCAAUGACAGCUUUCGGUCAAAAGCUGGGGAAAGUUCUAGCUCUGGUUCCAGUAAUGUAUCUUUCAGCUGGUACAUGUGUACAACUAAUCAUCAUAGGAGGUGGAACAAUACUGCUUUUCAUCAGAACUGUGUGUAGGGACGGAUCAACCUGUGAUCCCAAAUCAUUGACCGGUUCAGAGUGCUUCUUGGUGUUCAUGUGCAUGGCCAUAGCUGUGGCUCAGUUUCCAAAUCUGAACUCCAUGGCUUGGGUCUCAUUUAUUGGCACUACAACUGCAGUUGUGUAUUGUACUCUGGUUUGGGGUCUUUCAAUUGGAAAGGGCAGGAUCAAUAACGUGUCAUACGACCCGCCAGCAAUGGAGUCUAACAUGGAUAGGUUUGGUGGGAUAAUGAAUGCAAUAGGUAUCAUUUGUCUUGCAUUCAGAGGUCACAAUGUUAUUCUUGAGAUACAGGGGACCUUGCCAACAAAUCCAAAAUUCCCAACAUCUAAGACAAUGUGGAGAGGAGUGACUAUAUCAUACGCACUCAUAGCCAUCUGUUUGCUUCCUGUAGCCAUAGCUGGAUUCUGGACAUAUGGAAACAAGGUACCCUCCUCUAAUGGAGGACUAUUGAUCGCAAUUUCGCAAUUCCAUGCACAUGACACAUCAAAAGUAGUGCUGGGACUCAUUUACAUACUGGUAAUCGUUCACUGCUUAAGCACAUUCCAAAUCUAUGGAAUGGUGAUUUUCGACAAGUUGGAGUCGAAUUACACUAGCAGGAAGAACAUGCCAUGCGCUAGGUGGCUUCGAACAGCUUUGCGUGUGUUCUUUGGAGGAGUGACAUUUUUUGCAGCAGUGACCUUUCCAUUCUUGGGAAGUUUGGCACCUAUUUUAGGAGGGGUGACAUUACCUUUGACGUAUGCUUAUCCAUGUUGGAUGUGGAUUGCUAUCAAGAAACCACAACCAAAAGGGGUGAUGUGGUGUAUUAACAUGGGACUUGGAUGCUUAGGCCUGUGUUUGAGUGUUAUUUUAGUUGUUGCUGCAUCAUGGAAUAUAGCUCACAACGGCCUAAAAGCCAACUUCUUCAGGCCUUAAUCACUAUUUAGGAUCUGUGAGGACGGACUGUUUUUAGCUCAGUAACACUUCGCGAAAAUGUACUUGGGAAAAACUUCUUGGGGAAGCACGUAAAAUGCUUCUCGUUGGGAGCACCUCGUAUUACACAUGAAA